AUGCAACCCACUCCUCUUGCUCCUCCAGUGAAGCUUCCUCUAUCGCUCUGGCCCACAACAAAAUUUGCAACAUAUUGCUCUGUACUGGGGUUGUCGGCGGCAACUUUUUACGGGGCCUGGAAGUACGCUGCACUCUGGAAGAACGUACAAAAGUGGCGAAUAGAUGAACGCGAGGCGCAUAGGCGACAAGAGGAGGAGUUGGCGCUGCUUCGGGAUGUGUUGAAGAAGCGAGAUGCCGAAGUCCAGCAGACCAAGAUAGCAGUGCUGUCAAAUUUGGAAGAGAUCGAAGGCCUCCGUAAGAAGGUAGCGGAUAUCGGUCGCGACCUCGAGGGGGCCAAACUGCAAAACCGAACGCUGGUCGAUCGGACGAAGACCCUCAGUGCUCGAAAUCAACUGCUGGAAGCGGAACUGAAUCGGGUAAAAGGAGAAAAUUUGCAAGCAGUCGAUUUGCUUCGGACCCGAACAGCAGAACUCAAAGGCGCCCAGGCUUUCUUGACGAAAGCUGACCAGCUUUCCGGCGCAGAUGUUAUCAAAUUGGUGGAGGGUUUGAACGCUGAGAUUAUGCAAACGGCGGCAGUCCUGGCCGAAGAAUUGGGUGUCGAGAAAAAGGAUGGAAAGGAAACUGGCGGAGGCAAUGUCGCGAUGAGUGGAGCGGAUGUGGACAGUGGUGCGGGUGAGGCGGAGACGAUGGAACCUGAUGAUUUGAAGGAGGCGUACGCACGAACUGAAGAAAUUAUUGGACCUCGGAUGGCAGAUUUGUUGAAGACGACUGAACACCAUGAAGACCCUAUUCUCAUUCAGAUCGCUCUUCAAGCAAGUAUGGCCGCAUAUACGCAUUGGAUAGUCUCAUCAUGGUGUUUUGAAACACCAGAGGACGAACACAUGCUCAGCGAAAUCUAUGCGCGAGUCCGUGAAUCAGAAGAACAAGCUGUGUCUGGUCGCUGGCGACAGCUAACCAGAACGCAUCUGCAGCGAAUGCUUUCACAGGAUCCAGACCUGACGUCCGAGAUGGCCGAUGCUUUUGCAAGUAUCUUCGUUACUGCGGGCUAUAACAAAAGCCUGAUGACCGUACAUGAUUGGAUCCUGAAUCGGUUCUCUGGACAAAUCUCUACGGUGAUGAAUUUGGCGAAGCGACUCAACAAGCAAAUCGGAGAGGGUGUUACAUCGUGCGAUCUUGAAGCCCUCUACAUUGCUCCCGACGUGCCCUACAAUGCUACCACGAUGGAGGACGCUCUUCGGACGACAUCUGCGAGAAAGUUGGAAAACGGCCAUGACAUGAUUCUCUGUACGACGGAUCUGGGACUCGUGAGAGCGGAGAAGAUAUCUGGAACCACAGGAGAUUGGCAUGAAUCCGUUCUGUUACGUCCGAAGGUAAUUCUAUCUUCCGGGCUGGCUUCUAUCAACGGAAACGCAGAAUGA